CCAAGUGCCGGAGAACUUGAUUAGUCUCAGCUUGGAACCCGCAGCGACAAGAUGGCUUCUAUAGAACGGAAUUUUCUAUUGCUGGCACUGGUGGUCAGCGCAUUAUCCGGAAUAGUGCAACGAGCAGACGCGGCGCAGAUUAGCUUCGGCACCUGCACGCCCCAGCAGAGCGAGGAGCGUGGCCAGUGCGUCCGGAUUGCCAGCUGCCCCUUCCUGGCGAACCUGGUGAAGGUGGAGCCGAAGACACCUGCCCAAAUGCUCCUGCUGUCCAAGAGCCAGUGUGGCUUGGACAACCGGGUGGAGGGUCUGAUGAACCGCAUCCUGGUCUGCUGCCCUCAGAGCAAGAGGGACACCAGCGAGGAGGCCCCAGAGAUUGCGGAGGUGGAGGGCCAGCAGCCCGGCAACGUCCUGCCCGGUAGUGACGUUUGUGGAUUCCUCUUUGCCGAUCGCAUUUUCGGUGGCACCAACACCAGCCUCUGGGAAUUCCCCUGGAUGGUUUUGCUUCAGUACAAAAAACUUUUUUCCGAAAGUUAUUCCUUUAACUGCGGCGGAGCACUGCUGAACUCUCGAUACGUCCUGACCGCCGGACACUGUCUGGCCAGCCGGGAACUCGAUAAGUCCGGCGUCGCCCUGCACAGCGUUCGCCUGGGGGAGUGGGACACCCGCACCGAUCCCGACUGCGCCGUCCAGUUGAAUAAUAAGCGCAUCUGCGCCCCCAAUCACAUCGAUAUCGAGGUGGAAAGGUUCAUCAUACAUGAGCAAUAUGCGCCGAAUUCUGUGGACCAAAAAAAUGAUAUUGCGCUGCUGCGUCUUAAGCGAAGUGUCAGCUACACUGACUACGUGCGUCCCAUUUGCCUACCCACCGACGACCUGAUGCAGAACAACUUUGUUGGCUAUGCCAUGGAUGUGGCCGGCUGGGGACUCACCGAGAACCUGCAACCCAGUGUGACCAAGUUGAAGAUCACCGUCAGCGUUUGGAAUCUGACGACUUGCCAGAACAAGUACACCACCUUCAAGGUCAAACUGGACGACACCCAGAUGUGUGCCGGUGGCCAGUUGGGCGUAGACACCUGCGGCGGCGAUUCCGGCGGUCCCCUGAUGGUGGGCGUCAACUCGGGCGGAAGGGAGGUCUUCUACAUCGCCGGAGUCACCUCCUACGGCACGAAGCCGUGCGGCCUAAAGGGUUGGCCCGGCGUUUAUACCCGCACCGGGCAUUUCAUCGAUUGGAUAAAGCAGAAAUUGGAGGCAUAAUAAAUAAAAUUGCUAAUUUAUUCACA